AUGGCUGUUCAAACUCGUCAUUUUAUACGUAGUCGUAUUCUUGUACGGGUUGAUUUGCUAAAUCGUGACCAUAUUAAUUUAACUGCUGAGCGAAAUUGGACCGUUGCUUGCAUUUAUUCUGAAGUGUGUGAUUAUCUUGGGAUUCCCGAAUCAAAACUUUUUGGCCUUGCAAAGCAUUCAGAAAUUGGAUUCAUGUUUCUUGAUCCUGAUGUUCGAUUAUCCACUUUCGAAAAGAAGAAUUUCCCUACACGUCUGAGCUUCAUUAAUUCCCAUAGCAAGCAUAAGUAUUCAGUGGCUAAAGCUGCCAGCAUCUCCGAAAACGGUGUUGAUGAACCACUUCUUUUUUACUUUCGUGUUCGUUUCUACGUGCCCAAUCAUUGUUUACGGGGAAGACUGGUGCGACACCUUUACUACGAGCAGUUGAAGCUCAAUAGCCAGACGUACAGAUUAUUAUGCAGUGACGAAGUUUACUUUCAACUUGCUGCAUUUUCAAUCAAAAUGGACCUGCUGGCAAAACGUCCUUCCGACUAUAAGUUUGAUGAAAGUAACUUUAAACUGAACAACUAUUUCCCUCGUUCGAUGAUUGACAGUUACGGAAAGGACUACCUCUACGCAAACAUCCCCAACCUCAUCGCGCCCCUUUCCGGCCAGGUUCGUGAGAUCCUCCAGUGGCGUUUUAUACGCCUAGCAUCUGAGUCCUCAUCUAACUUCAACCUACACCUCUAUCGCGUGUCACCUCUUGAUGUCAGUACCUCCAGUUUUAGACUUACCGUGUCUGUGUCCACGUUGAAGCAUUCCAGCCGCCUGAGGCGAUCUCAUAGUGGUCGAUCAAGCCUCAUCCUUCCCUCCGGAAAGGGCUCGUUCUGGUUGGGAAUCGGGCCCAAUGGCUUUGAAUUUCAUGAGGAGGACGACGGUAAACGGAUUGCUCAUGUUAGCAGUCUUCCCUGGAACAAAAUCUACAAAAUCUCGCACAAGAUACCCACGUAUCUUGACCGAAUCAGUUGUGGUUUUUGCCUUUUCUCUGUUCUGAUCAAAGCACCAGAUUUGGAUGUUCAUAUCGCCGUGUUGGUUUGCUUGACCGUACUGACACACACUUCUGAGAAGUCCCAUCGUCUGGGUGCUAUGCGUGAAAGAAUCGCCAACUUCUUGCAUACUGGAAGCCCUUCGUCUGUCACAGCUGAACACACUGCACUGAUUUGA